GCACUCUCAUUAACACAGAGCACAUACAUAGUUCGUACUGCACUAGCUUCGUUUGAACUCUGUACAACUUCGAUACCAAUACGCAGAGGAGACUCGCCAGAGAAUGAAUUUUCUCUAGAUUAUUUUUUUUUCUUUUGUUCUGAAUCCUGCAAAUAAUCGAGAGAGCGAGAAGAAAUAAAGAUUAUUUUCAAAAGUGUUGUUUCGAUUUAAAACGCACAAAAGUGAAAAUUGAAAUCCGUUUUAUUUUUAGAGGGAACAAAAGAAUUGGUUGGUUUUAUUCUGACGUGUGUGCUGUGUAUAUUGUGUGGAAUCGAAAUUCAGGGUAGUAUGAAUGUAUAUUUUCUGUAGCGUAGACCCCAAAACAAUCAUGGUGGAUGUUUUACCCGAGUAAAAUUCAGUGCAAUAGAAAAAGAAAAGAAAAGAAACGAAAACAACCACACAGUUCAACAAAUGACAGACAUUGAAAAACCAGGCCAAAAUUAAAUUAGUGAAGUGGCAAAUAUAAAUGGGGUUUUCCUCGGAUUUGUGCAGUUUUUAGUCGAAAUGACAAGUGAAUAGAAGAGAACUGCAAAGUGUCUGAUUGCGAAAUCGCUGUUUAUGCGCAAUAGAUUUGUGAACCAGGCAGUUUUUUUCCGUCGUUUUUGGAAAAUAAAGUGUUUUGAAUUCGCUAUUGAUUGUGCACCACCUCAAUUAUUCAAGACUUCGAAAUUUAACAUCCAACAGUUGGAACAAAGAGAACAACAAAAAUCUCAAUUCGUAUCGAUCGAAAUCUGUCGAGAGUGGAAACCAAUGGAAAUUUGAUUGCUGUGUGCCUAAAUCGUAAAUCACCUUUUUUUUAUACCCUCGAGAUUUGUACGACUCACUCAAUUCGAUAAACCAAACAAAAAAGUAAAUUAGAUUAAAACCGUGUGCAGGAAAAAAAAACAAACAAAAUGGGUACAGUAUUAAGCUUUAGUCCUCGUGAACGGCGCCCCGUUUAUUCGACAUACCACAACCACGGCACACUUAGCUCAUCGGGCUCGGCUGACUAUCCGCUGAACAACUACUCGUACGAGCAGCUGAACAAUGUUAAAAAUCGCGAAAACAACAAAUCGUCACUGUGUCAAGUGCCUAACAAUAGUGGGAACAUAAUGUUGAGUCAAACACAGAACAACUAUCAUCAUCACCUUCAUACACACAACAUUCACAAUGGAAAUAACUCAAACCUGGCCCCAAAUGCUGGCAACAACAACAACAAUAACAACAACAGUAAUCUCAGCAGUAACCUCACGAACAACAACAUAGCAAAUAACAAUACCAUUAACAAUAAUAACAACAAUGCCGAUCGAAAUGACACGGCCCGUAUCCUAUCCGAGAAGAAUGCACUGGAGAAGAAUCUGAAGAAGCAUUCGCUGUUCAUCAAUGCAUUGUCGUGGAAACGAUUGGCUGCAUCGCACAGUAAAAAGAAAUUGGAUAACAAUAAAAAUAAAUCGGCCAAUUUACCAACGGCCACAUUCCGACCACCACUGGUCGAUGCCGUUCAUCCGUUGGCCAUCGAUAAAAAUAAAAACAUUCAACAACAGAACCAUCAUCAGUAUUUUACACCUGGUGCGCCAAACACAAAAGCCUUGUUGGCCCUAGAUCUUGUUCGAGCGAACAACACGAACAAUGCUCAACAACAUUUGGAGAAAUUAACAACCAAAUUACCGCUGUCAAUCCCAUUGCAGACAGCAUUCAACCAUGCACAGCAACAGCAUCAAUCGAUGCUUCAGCCAGCACAGCAACACAAUCAUGUGCCCCGAAAAACCGUAAUCCAGGCUUCAACUUCUGAGCUUUUGAAAUGUUUGGGAAUGUUUUUGCAUGACCGUUGCCGAAAAUUGCGAGAUUUCCAAGCAGGCGAUGCGGUUAUGUGGCUAAGAGCAGUUGAUCGUAGCCUUUUACUUCAAGGAUGGCAGGAUGUGGCAUUCAUUAACCCAGCCAAUGUUGUGUUCGUUUACAUGUUGGUUCGAGAGUUGGUCGACGGCGAAGAGACCAAAGAGUCUGAAUUGCAAGCAUCUGUUUUAACAUGUUUGUACUUGUCGUAUUCGUACAUGGGCAAUGAAAUUAGUUAUCCGCUGAAACCAUUCCUGGUUGAAGAUUCAAAGGAUAAAUUUUGGGACAGAUGUCUCUUGAUUGUGAAUCGCCUCAGUGGUAAUAUGCUUCGAAUCAAUGCGGAGCCCGGAUUUUUCACCGAAAUUUUCACCGAGCUUAAGGCAUGCGGCGUACUAAAUCAGUCCAAUCAAAAUAAUUUGAACACAUUAUCGAAUGGAAUCAACUGUGGAGCCGCUUGACGCAGUUACAACAACAACAGCAACAAUAAUAACGGCAACAGCAAUAGCAGUGGCAGACAUCCAAGAGAAGUUGUUGUUCGAUUAUCGAUAGCCGGUCAACAACAAAAAUAUCAACAUCAAACAACGUUACAGGAAAUUACCAGCAUUGUUUAGAAACAAUUCGCUCGGUGCAAAAAUGAUGAUGAUGAUGAUGUUGCUGAAUGACAUUAGGUGAUAUAUACCGAUUGAAUCGAUAGACCCGGCUAGCAAAUCAACCACUUCAAUACAUCCUUGUUUGAAUGUUUGAUCUGUAAAAUUUUAGACACAAUUUAAAGAAGAAGGAAAAAAAUUUAAAAAAUGCAGAAGAAUAAAAAAAAAUUAGAAUAAGGUAACCAUGAUAUUACAAACACAUGAAACAUGAUAGCAUAUGACGGCCGUGUUCAAAAUAUUUAUGAUAUUCGACGUGAGAAAGAGCGAGAGAGAGAGAGAGAAAAGAAUUCGAAGAGAAAACGGUCUGUGCAACAUUAUUUCGACUCAAAGUCCUAGAUGUCUUUAAAACAAAGUAGCUCAAGACAUUUAAUAUGUAAAAGCAUUCGUAGCGAUUUGACUUUACGAACUAUGCAGAGAAGAAGGCAAAAAUCCUCGUGACAUUUAGGCAUAAUCUGAUUUUAAUACGCGAAAUCAAAUUCAUUGUCUGCUUUAAAACAAAAAUGAUGACGAAAUCCGUUCUAUACUCAUGUUCAACACUCAGCAGCUGACUACACACAAUUUUAAUGAAAUUGCGUUGGUCUAUGUCAGCUCACGAUCGAUUUAUUUAUUUUUCAAAUUCUUCAACAGUAGGAACUCAAUAAGCGAAAUCAAUAAUCAUUAUUAUACUAUUCGGAGACAGCAUAUUAUAAAAGAAAAUAAAAGGAUUACCGAAUCUGUCUUCCAUCAGGACAUUACUAUUUUCUGAAUGAAUCUAAAAUGACAGCUGCUUUUUUUUGCAAAUGUAAAUGAUUAUUUACAUGCGAUGCACCUCAACCGGCAGACUGAGACCGCAAUAAGUAAUGGCCAAACUAUGAAAAUGAGUAAUUGGCACCGAAAGUGAACGGUGCCAACAUUUUUCAAUAAAUCCAACACCACCCCAAUCCCCCUAAAAAAUCACCAAAUUCGGCUUGUCACUGCGAAAAUCGCCACUUUUAAAUUGAUUUGCCAAAAAAAAAUGAAAGAAAAAUUGUAAUAAAAUGGAAAUUUUUGUUAUGUCCACGUUAUUUGUACGAGUUUACAAAACUACCAAUUUUUAUGUUUACUAGUUAAAAUGUGAAAAAAAUGUUCACAUCCACAUCACCAUUUGUAUCCAUCCAUCGCACCAGAAGAAAAAAAAGAUAUAUUUAUUUAAAUGAUCAAAAUCGUAUUUACAUUAUUCUAGUUAACCGAGAAAAAAAUUGUUUGACUUUUAUAAAUCUUUUUUUUCCUUUUGAAAUCAUUUUUUGCAAAAGUUAUACCCAACCCACAAAAAAUGUUCUGUACACGAAGAGCUAGACUUAGUUAGACAUUUUGGCUUCAAGAUUUCUCUCGGAAAAUUGUUAUAACGAGCUCUGUUUUCUUUUCUUUUGUACAUUUUGACCUUUGUUCACAUGUAAAUACACUUGAUAACACUCGCUAAACAGAACCACUAAUCGUGGUACACUACUACGGAGUCCGUAGCACGAACGCAGCAGUCGCUGCGAAUACAAGUAAUUGUAGCUUAAGGAAAUGCACUUCAACGGAUAUGAUUAGCGGCAACAACAUGAAACGAAACAAUUACAUAUUCUCUAUCAAAAAUGCACGCGUUAAGUAAACACGCUUGAAAAGAAAUAAAUGAUAAAUUGAUGUGCAAUAAAGCAGGAAAAUAUUUACAGAGAAAUUCAGUUGAAUACUGAAUUUGGCUGGGCUCAAAUGCAAUAAUUGACUUCCAAUUACAUUCUCACCUUCAUUUUUUCCGCUUUUUUUUCCUCAUUAGUUUGCAAAUACUCGCAUUGACACUCUCGUUGAAAUCAUUUUUUUUUAUACUUCGAACCCUUCUACUCUACUCAACCGUUGUUGAGGUGUCUAUGAUUCAGUGACGGUGAGCUGAAAUGUAAGAAUAUAUACCAAUUUUGAUUCGAUGUUUUCUUACAGGAACAGGUUUCACUUUUUGCGAGCAAUAUGAUACCGAAUAUACUGAAUACACUUGUUCAAAAGACAAAGUUACGCGGAGAAGAAAAUGGAAAACGAAAUGUUCGACCAAAGUUUUCAAUUCGAAAACAAUUUCUUCUUCUUUUUGUGAAGUACAGACCAUUUAAUUCGCAAAUAAGAUACGUAAAUUUACAUAAUAUAUAUCAAGUGAGUGCAAUAUGCAUUCAUUGUGUGAGUCGGUAUGUGCUCGUUUCGAACGGGCAAGCUCGACAAGUAUGCUGUAAAAGCAAUUUGUAUCUAAUACAUAAAAAAGAGUUUCGCUAGUCAAAAAAAACGUCCUUUCCUUUUUGAAGUGUUAGUUCCAUAUUAUUUAUUCUUUUCAUGCUGUGAUUAUCGUUUAAACUAAAACAUAUUUUCAGUUUUCUAAACACACUGUAUUGUUCUUUUCGUUAUCAAAGUGAAUUUGAUUGAUUUGUCGGAAUGGAAUAAAAGAAGCGUAAUUACUUGAGAGAUAAGUAGAUGAAUUUAAGUAAUUUAGGUCAUAGGAAUCCAAUGUGUAUUUUAAGCGUAGUCCCAUUUGACAACAUUGAAAAUGUAAUGGCUCCUGCCGCAUGAUUCAUGUGAAUCGUUGCGCAAGGACUGUGCAUUGUAAUAGUUUUACUUAAACCAAAAGAAUAGUUCAUCGAAGAAACCAAAUUAACUGUGUUGUGUGUCUACAAUCGAAUCCAAAAAAAAAAUACUUAAUUUAAACAAUGCCGACGACAUGUUUACGAAUAUCCAAUAUGCAAGUGGCCAGACGCAUUUCAAUCGCAAAAUUUUGAUUCACAAUAAAACCAAUAAUAAAUCGCAAAUGCUCAACUCAUUUCAACAGAUAUACGCUGCUGCUCUGCACUUAUCAACACUCAAUGUUAUUCGUUUGUUCACGAUGCUUCAUGCUACCGACCGAAACAGAGAACACGACCUGAACAAAUAACACGCGGCAAAUGACAGCAUCUCAAUGGAAAAUUGUUGUCGUCUCUCAAACUCAUACGAUUCAAUCAGAUUUAUAAGCAUUUCAAAUGGUGGUGAAUUUAUAGUUGGCUUCAAAUACAAUGAAUGAUGAAACGGAAAAAAAACAAUAAUAUAACACACACACACACACACACACAAAUUGCAAGUUCAUUACCAAAAACUAAAGCAAAUAAUUUGACAAUUCUAUUACAACAACAUCAACAACAAAAGAAAAAAAAACCGAUUGAUAUAUUCACUCGCAUACAAUUUGAUGUUAGUCGUAGUCCACGUAGAUGCAUUUCACUGAAAAUUUUCUCUGCCCGUUCUACUACCCUGUUUCCAGUUCACACCUACUAAAUAUAUAUAACGUAUUAUUUAGGUUCAAAUUUUUAAUGGAAUGUUCUCUUUGCGCGUUUUCUCAUUUUAAAAAUCGAAAUCAACCAACAUAAAGGAAAAACUAACAAAAAUCUUAUUAGGUUUAGCAAAUGGAACAUUCAUCGCACUCACACUUAGGAUGUUCAAAUUGGAGAUACAAAUUAGAACACUUUUUUCUUCGAAAUUUUGUUAAAAAAAUUAAACUUGAAAUAAAAAAAACAAAAACAAAAAUUGGACUUUGGAUCAACGUGAUUUCGUUACCUAAAAAUUGCUUUGCACACACACACACAAAAUCAUUAUAAAAAGACACAUUGAAAUUUGCAACAAAAAUUACAAAAAAUUAUAUAUACAAAUGUAUUGCAAAACUUUGUUAGAUACAAAAAAGACAAGUAAGUUAAGUUUUGUGGAGAAAAAAAAACUCAAUGAAACAAAAUCUUUUGACCGAAUGGUAAAAAAAAUAUUAUACAAAAAUGAUAUGUUUUGAGUGUUCUACCAAAAAUUUGAUGGAAUGAAAUAAAAAAAAAUGUGUAUUGAACAUAACGUAUGGAUUCACCAUUAUUAUUAUUAUUAUAAAUUCAAAUUACCUUUAAGACUAAUAAAAAUAUUUCUUAGAAAAA